AGUUCCCGCACGGACCCGACCCGCGCCGCGCUUCCGCCGGGAAGAUGGCGGCGAGAGGCUGCGUGAGGUUGCUCGGCAACUGGAGCUGGAACUGGUGUCGGGUCCGGGCCGCCGUGUCAUCACUGGCAUUCACUGCAAGACAUCAGAGUUCUCAAAAUAAUACAAUUCAACCAAGAAAAGAAGCGGUAACAUCAUUAUCAAAACCACCAUGGCCUGAGAUCAAAUUGCCUGAUCCUAUAGAAGAGGCAAAACAUCACCUAGAGGUUGUACAGAAUGUUAAGGAGUUGAUCACUGCAGGAGCAUACGGCAGACUGUUUGCAGUUGUACACUUUGCAAGUAGACAAUGGAAAGUAACCAAUGAAGACUUGAUUCUGAUAGAAAAUCACAUUGAAGCAGGCUGUGGAGACAGGAUCAGACUAGAAAAGGUUCUGUUGGUUGGUGGGGAUGAUUUCACUCUCAUCGGAAGACCACUUCUUGGGCGAGACCUUGUACGAGUAGAGGCAACGGUCGUUGAGAAGACGGAAUCAUGGCCUAGAAUACAUUUCAGAUUCAAACGGAGGAAGCGUUACCGUAGGAAAAAUAUAAAUAUUCAACCUCAGACGGUCCUCAGAAUCAACACCAUCGAAAUUGCUCCAGCUCUGUCUUAGGAGUGCAUGGCAUUGGAGCAGGAGGGUUAAAAUAUGCCAUCUUAUGAAUCCAUAGAUCCAAAUACAGACAGCAUUCCCAGGAACACGCAGUCAUUCGUGGUUAUGUCAUAUUUUUUAUUGUAUCCAUUGGCGGUUGGUGCUUGAAGUCUUGCUGGAUGUUAUAAUCUCCUAAUAAAAGACGUGAAAAUAAA